UUAGUUUAAAAUUAUAGAACUCGUGUAACAGAAAUAGAAGGUCGGAAACGGCGUAAUCAAAAUACACGAAAUGCGAAUUCGACAAUAAAAUUUAAAUAUUUGUUUCUUUUAAUAAGCUUCGAUAAAUAAGAUUCUAAUUUUAUAAGACUAUGAAGAAUGGACCUCGUUGAAGAAAUCCCUAGUAUCUUAGGAAUUCCUUUAAAGAACAUUAAGCAGUAUGCUUUUGAUGAAGCUAUAUGCUUGGUUAGUUUUAUUUCCACCCACAAAAUGUUAAAAAUAGUCGCGGAACUAAUUUAAACAUUUUGUGGUAUACCAUGCAUAUUGUAUUUUCUACUGCAAGUCACAUUUUUAUAUCUCAUUCGCAAAUAUAGUAAUGUUUAAUAUUGUGAAGUAUGAAUACUCAAACCAACUCUUAGAUUCUAUGUUAAGAAUGGACACCAUAUCAAUAUAUACCAGAAUUUUUUUACGAUCCUCAGAAAGCUCUCGUGUAUCUGAACGACUUCAUCACUGGAUUGAUUCAACUUUUGGUUGUAAAAUAAAUAUGGGAUUAAUAUUGCUGACUAGAUUCAACAUAUUGAAGUUUUGCUAUUCUGGAAAAUUUAAACAUGCCAUGCAAUUCAAGGAUCUAUACAAUGGAUUUUCGAAUCGGAUUCUGUACGUAAGGUUUCAUUUAAAGUGCUUAUUGCAAAAAAUAAGGAGAUAAAAAAUGCUUAUAAGUGCGAGACAAUUGAGGACCUGGAUGAUAUUGAUACAAUAGAACAAUCGUUACACUGACUGAUUCGCUGGUAAAGAUUCGAAAAAGACUUUCAGAGACUUUCAAAGAACUGUUGAUGGGCGGUAUACAAAAGAAAAGCUAGUAUAAAUUUGAAAAAAGACUUUUAAAGAACAGUUGAUCAAACGUAUGCAAUAUAAAAACUAGUAAAGGUUCGAAUAAUACAUCUGAAAGAUAGUAAAUGAGCAGGAUAGAAUUAAAGCGCAAGUAAAAAUUCGGAAAACACUUUCAAAGACAGUUUAUGAGUCCCUCAAUGGCCCAAAAUUAUUUAUUAUUAAUAAAUGUGUAAAAAAAGCCUAAAAAUGAUUGACGCAUUUGAAUUGUUAUUUGUAACAGAAAUAGCUCCUGUUAAAAUAAGUAACCUGUUUAAAUAAAUAAUUUACUAAGCCUUA